UCCGUCAGAAGAAGGUGCGUGAUGCUCUAAGGCUUUGUGCAGAUGUGGUGAACUACAAUGACCGCCAUGCUCCAUGUGAUUCUAUUAAUGUUUUUCGUGUUUUCGACACUGAGAACAGGUUUUCAGUCUGUGGUUGAAAUCAAGCCACCCCGGUUGAUUUCAGAAUUCUCAGGCUCCAAAGAAGUCAAUUCUGGUAAAGAUUUUGAGUUGGUUUGUGAAUGUGAUAAACCUGUGCAUUGGUUUUAUCCUCAGCUUACCAUGGAUACUGAAGAGGAUGAAUCUUAUGGCCUCAUGUCAAUGAUCAACAUUACCAACACCAUAACAAAUACUGGAGAAUACCGCUCUGUGUUGAAAGUGACAAAUUCCUAUUUCUUAGAUACUGGAUACUACUACUGUAUUGUAAAUGGAACCACAGACUUCCAUAAUGCUCUGGAAAAUGUAACACGUGUAUAUGUAUAUAUCAAAGAUUUGAUAAAUUUGUUGGUGAGAAAUGAGAGUUUCAUAAUACAGGCUGUUCAGCAACACCAACCGGCAGUUAUCCCAUGCCGACCCACAUCCUUAGAUGUAAAUGUCACCUUGUGGAAGGACAAUACUCAGAUUCAUUUAGGUAUCCAUGAAGAAGGUGUUAUGAAUGUGACAUAUGAUCCUACUGUUGGUUUCACUCUGGACCCGAUCAACAUCAUGCACAUUGGUAUCUAUGAGUGUAGAGGCAAACUGUGGGAGGAACAUCAGGAACUACAUUGUCACUUAGAUAUUUUGAAAGGUUCUAGCUUUAUCCCAAAGCCUUCAAUUAAUGAGACAUACUUGAACCCUGUUGUUGUUGGUGGAAAACUUUACCUUGAAUGUGUAGCUCGAGCAACUCACGGCAUUAAAUUCACCAUUCAGUGGCAUCUACCAGAAACUGUAAAGAGUGAACGUGCAGUUUACAAUGGAUCUGUUUCCUACGACUGUGGACAAGAUGCAACCUAUCACUGUUCAGUAUAUUCUCUUACAAUUGAGAAUGUGACACUCCAUGAUAGAGGAAAUUAUACAUGCCAGGUGACUGACCAUAAUAUGGUGACUAAUAAGGAAACAAGAUUUAUAAAAAUUCAUGAGGCUGGUCAGAGUUACAUUAAUUUGUCAAUUGAUGCACUGACUGUCAGAGUUAAAGCUGGCACGGAACAUGUUCAAUGGGUUGUAAAUGUGGAUGCAUCACCGAUGCCUAGUUACAUAUGGUUUGACAAAUCACAUGAAGAAAUUAAGCCUCAAAAUAGUGUAAAGUACAAAAUUGAGGAACGUAAAGGAAGGACACAGAUCACAUUAAUAAUAAAGAAGAUACAAAUUUAUGAUGCAGGAACUUACGAAUUCCGAGUUUAUAAUGACAAAGUAGAAAAGAUGUUGAAUCUUACACUCAUUGUUACAGAUAAGCCUGCUGUUUCGUUGGAGAAUAGUCAGUCAUACCUGUAUCAGUUGGGUAUGACCUACAAGUUGAAGUGUAAAAUUGUUGGUUUUCCACAGCCAGAAGUUAAGUGGUUUUUCAGUGAAUGCGACUUAAUAAAUGACUGUGAAGAAUUGACAUUCAAAGAAAUUCAGGUGACUCCCAACCCCGAGAUAAGUGACCAUACUUACAGUGAUACAUUGGAGUGGGCAGUUGACAGGCCAGGUCUCAUCAAAUGCUUUGCAAAUAACUCAGAAGGUAACAGCAGUGAAACUCUGAGUUUAUUUGUGACAGAUAUCCCUGAUGAAAAAGUUUUCAGCAUAUGGGGUAAACCUGAAAAAGUAGUUGUUGGAGAUAAUUUCACCCUCCACUGUGGGGCAAGUAAAUAUAAUUUUACUGAACCCAUUGUAUGGUAUGAGGAAAGAGAUGGUUAUGCUAGUGAACAGCCAGUUCGGAACAAUUCAGGAUGUUCUGUGACCAGGAAUAAUACUGAAUAUUCAUACAGGGUAAGCAUGACCUGGAAAGAUAUUCCUGCGAAGAGUGAUGCAAACUAUAUAUGUUAUGCAGCUAGGAAAGAUGAUAUUAAGGAUUCACUUAUGGAAUAUAUUCGUGUUUAUGAUCCAGUACCUAUAAGCAUAAUAUCGAACAUGAAUUCUUCUGAAUUGUUGAUGGAAAGUGGAAGCAGUCUAGAAUUGAAAUGCAUAGCAAAUGGACUGCCAGUCCCAACAGUGAAGUGGUACAAGGAUGGAAUUCUUAUUGGAAGUGACCCGCGUAUAGAAUUGAGAGAUAGAAACGAAACGUUAUAUAUUCAGUUUGCUAAACUGGAAGAUGAAGGAAUGUAUACAUGUGUGGUUUCAAAUCGCCUUGAAGAACUCAGCAAAUUUAUAACACUUCAGUUUAAAGAUAAACCUGAAGUCAAUAUUCUGAUACAUUGCAUAAUAGGAUUUGCUGCAGUAGUAGCAGUGCUGGCAGUUUGUCUCUGUUUUAAGGUGUACAGAGAAAGGAAGUUACGCAAGGAGUUGGACAUAGUAGGACUAGCUAACUUUGAGAAAGGUGCUUUGGAGAAUAUAAAUCCGGAAUUGCCUGUGGAUGAUCAAGCUGAAUUACUACCAUAUGACAAGAAGUGGGAGUUUCCUAGGGAUAAACUGAAGUUAGGCAAGCAGUUAGGUGCUGGAGCAUUUGGUGUUGUAUUGAAAGCUGAAGCCUGGGGAAUAAUAGAAGGAGAAAUGAAAACAGUGGUUGCUGUCAAGAUGGUCAAAAGAAAUACAGAUCACACAUACAUCAAAGCACUUGUAUCAGAGCUCAAGAUCAUGGUCCAUCUUGGUAAACAUCUGAAUGUGGUCAACUUACUGGGGGCCAGUACCAAAAAUUUGGCCAAGAUGGAACUGUUAGUCAUUGUUGAAUACUGCCGCUUUGGUAACUUACAUAAUUAUCUGCUACGCCAUCGUGAGGAUUUUGUUGAUCAAAUAGACCCUAAAACUGGGCAUAUAGAUCCAGCAAUAGGAGUGGAUCUUCUUUCAAGAAAUGAAUCGAUUAAAAGCAAAUCCAAGGUAAAAUAUGCAGCAAUAUCCUUCUCCAGCAGCAGUGGGGAUGGAAGUCACUCUGGUGAAAGUGCUGUGGAUUACCGAGCUGCCUGUGUCUGUCCAAGUGUUCGAUCUUUAGGUCCAACAGGGACUGAUAUCGAAAUGAAUCUGAUCUCCAUGACUCCUUCAGGUGAGCAGGAUGAAUACAUGCUAAGUAACAACAGCAUCCAACCAGAAUGGAGAUCAAAUUACAAAGGUGACUAUAAAGGCACCACUAGUCCUGUUUGCACUCGUGAUCUACUGUGUUGGGCAUUUCAAGUAGCAAGGGGCAUGGACUAUCUGGCCUCCAGGAAGGUUAUGCAUGGAGACCUAGCAGCAAGAAAUAUUCUCCUGGCUGAUGACAACGUUGUGAAAAUCUGUGACUUUGGCUUGGCCAAGAGUAUGUACAAAUCAGAUAAUUAUCGCAAAAAAGGAGAUGGUCCACUUCCGGUGAAAUGGAUGGCAGUAGAAUCCAUCAGGGACCGUAUUUUCUCAACUCAGUCAGAUGUGUGGUCAUAUGGCAUUGUACUUUGGGAAUUCUUUUCACUUGCAAGAACACCAUACCCAGGCAUGGAAGCAGAUGAGAAAUUGUAUAAUAAAUUGGUGGAUGGCUACAGAAUGGAACAACCUCAGUAUGCCCCAAAAGAAAUUUAUGAUAUAAUGAUGAAGUGUUGGCAGACUCGUCCAAGCCAAAGGCCAAGUUUUGGUGACCUUGCAGAGGAACUGGGAAAUAUGCUGGAAGAGAGUGUAAAAAGGCAUUAUAUUGAUCUUAAUGACCCAUAUAUGGAUAUGAAUGCUCAAUGGAUGCAGGGCAUUCAGAAUGAUUAUCUCAGCAUGAUGAAUUCCCCAUCAUAUGGCAACAUGGUGUCUCCAACAUUUGAUGAUGGUGACCAUGAGUAUGUUAACAGCCCACAUACCAAAGAAGCAACAUUACUGGGUGGUGGAGAAUGUUCUGGAUACCUUUGCAUGAAGAGUCCUGUACCUGAAAGUAUUUUCAGCCCUAGACGAAAGGAAGACAAUGUUUUCAGCUUUUCACCACAUCUGCAGCAACAACGGCGACAACAUAACUCUGAGACUAAAAAUGCUCAGGGUAUGGAAGGAAAGCCAAUGCUCAGCACAAGCAGAAACAGCAGUGAGUCUGAUGCAGAGUUGGAUCACCUCAGUGACUUAGGCAAAGGUUUAGGGUUCCUGAAUCAAAAGCAAGAAGAUGAACUGAAUGACAGAGGACAGAAUGACAAUAACAUUUCUAUACUACCAAGCUUUUCAAAUCCAAGCUAUCAGUCAGUAAUGCCAAUUACAUCAUCUGCAGACAAUUAUGUAAAUAUGCCACAGCAGAAAAAAUUGAAGAAUGACAUGAAGAGUAAUCCUGAUGAAUCUCAGAAUGAAAACAAAGAAGUAAACAUUUCAGACCCAAAUUGUGUGUCAACAAAAGAACUUGAAGAAGGGUUAAACCACAGAACUUCACCCCAUUCAGAAAAGUGGGAAAAUGAACUGAAUUGUAAGGACCCACUGAAUGGAAUGAAGUAUCAGAAUUCUUUCUUAAAUCCUAAUUACCAAUUAGAAAUCAAAACAAAUAAUGUCACAUAAAUAUUCCAAGUUAUGAUUGUAAGAUCUCUGAUGCUUCCAGUCAUUUUUAUUCUGAUGCUGGUGAUUGUCAUGUGAAGAAAGAACUACGAAAAAUUAUUAAUGCCUUACCUUAUAGGGGCUGGUUGGACAUGUAUGUAACUUACUUGUGGAGUGUCUUAUAAAUAUGCCAGCUAUUGUUACCAUACAGUGUUCUAUCCUUGAUUAGAGGUAGUAAUCUCCAGCAGUACACUAUAUACAUGAUCUCUGUUCUAAAACACACAUUUUGAAUUUUCACUCUCUUAUGCCCUAGAAACAGCAAGGGUGAUGUGUUUGCAGUAUGUGAAACAUUUGUAUUGAAGAAUGAAAUUGAGAUUUUGGAAAAUUUGUGUCUUUUUAUACACUAUUUUUUAAGUAUUCUUCAUAGAGACAAUAUUCCAGUUUUGCAAAUGCUCAGAUGCUGUGGAGGAAUAGUUUUUGCACAAGUGGUCUUUUGUAGCUAAAAUAGUUGGUGGUUAAUCAGAAGAAAUAAUGGGUAAAAACUAAUGAUUUCAAGAAAUUUAUCCACAAACAAAGUACAGGUGCCAGGGAAUAUACUAGUUAUCAGAAAUUAAAGUAAUAUGGCAUGUUAUUUAUAAGCAUAAAAACAUUAGUCGAUAAGGAACCAUUAAAAUAUGUCAAAAUAACUAUACAAUAUCUGUUGUAAUAAAAUCUGAUAGCUACAUAUUUUCAAAUUAUUUAUAAGUUCUUUGACAAAGCUGAAAUGCAUCAUACUUAGAAAUAAUCCAGGAAGAAGUGUUACCAUACUGUCCAGCAAAUUUUUGUCAAUAAGAGCCAAAGAGUGUUUUAUUUUAGUGUUCCUUCAAUCUUACAUUAUACAGACUUUGUAGUUACAACUUUUGCAAGUAAUUUUAUUUUAUUUUGUUGAUUAGUAUAUGUGCUAUUGUAGGUUUAAACUUGUACAUUUUGUAGUUAUAUUUUGUGCUGAAUAAUUGUAUUAUUUUUAGUGUAUUGAUUUUGAUGUUAAUUUGUAAUAGUGUUACUUUAUGAUGUAUGCAUGCAAUGUUAAGGUUAAGAAUUUAAUUCAUUAUCAACUUCAUUAUUCAGGAAUCCAUUGCCAACUGCAUGGAUUACAUUAUUUAAAUAUCCGAGCCAUUUAUAUUCUUGUAAGUACUAAAAUUAACCAUCAGAAAUUUUUACCUAUUUAGAAUGCAGUAUAUGAAUUUUGUCUCUGUGUGGGUCUACUUUGGGUUGUUUUUGACAGCAAUCAGUUUGUCAGCUUCAAGUACAGAUGGGUGCUUAAUAGAAACUGGGCAUUUCAGGUCUAGAGCAGAAGUAAUGGGAUGGCACCUUAUGCCAUUUAAAAUUACUUAUAGCUUCAAACAACUUUCCAUGACUGCUUUCUUUGUUUCAGACUUUAAUUUUAAGGCUUCUCAAAAAGCAUUCACCAGAGAAUGGAUGAAGUCCAAAACAAAGAAAGCAGUAAUAUAAUAUGUGUACAAUUUGAGGUUUUCAUGGUGGUGAGUCUGAAGUUGGCUGUCUUUUGAGUUGUUGUGCCAUGUAAUACCAUCACUAAUGACAUCAGAGAAGUUUGCUUUGGCCCAUAGACUCAGAUAUUUUGCUUGGAAUACAAGAAGAGAUACUUGAUUUCAGACAUAAUUAAUUGAUUUUAUUUGUCAUGUAUCUAUGCAUAAAUUAUAAUGUUACAGGCUAAUUUUAUAGUUUAACAGAUGGGUUAUUUAACAAAGUACAUUUGAAUUUUUAAUUUAUUGAAGACUAUCCUAGUAAUUGCAAUGAAUGUCAUGGAUUAUAUUUGUUACUGAGUGAACCAAAUUGCAGUAGUCUAAGUUAUAUUUACAUUUGGAUUGUAGUUAUGUAGUUCUAGUUAAUAGGAGUAUGAUUACAGGCCUCUUAAAAUGGCUGAAUUAAAUCCUAAAAUGUAUUACGAUGAAAUUAAUUCUGCAUCGGUUUUAGUUAUAUUUUUAAAGUAGACCUGUGCAACAUGUGAUGCCAUAAUUGAUUCUUGAUACUGAGUUUGGUCCUUCCUGUUUACCAUUUAAUUAGUCAGAUUCAGAAAAUUAUUACCCAUUCAAUAUGGAAUAAUUUUAAAUUUAAGAUUUACUUUAAAUCAGACUUUCUUUCAAUAUUGUUUCUGUUUCUUGUCACAGUGAAUGUAGCAGAAAGUUGUAACAUGCAGUGCUAUAUAUGAAUAUGUUAGGAUUAAGAAUAUAGUUUUGCUUUAUUCAUAUAUAACUAUGUUUUUAAUUGGCUAAGAAAUUGUAUUUCUUGCUUUUCAUGUUGCCAUAUUUUACCUAUAUAUAUUGCAUAUAUGAAUAGAAAAUGUACCUGCUUUUGUUGUUAGAUAAAUUUUCAGAUGUGUCAUAAUUGAACUUAUUUGAAUUCUGAGCUGAGCUCAUUGUAUUCUGUACAAAAAAGUGAUGUCAUCAUGUGACGCCAUCAUCCUUAUAGUUUGCCAUGUAGUUACUCAUGCAUUCCAAUCAUAAAUAUGUUGUCUUUAUGUUAAUUUGUAAAUUAAAAUGUACUUAAUACCUGGGUAAGGAAAAACAAAGAUUAAUGUUAUCACCUUUUCUGUAUAUUUGUGUAUCAUCAGCAAUUCUUUUAUCAGAAUGGCUAAUUUUCAUUAAACCAUGAAUACAAAUUGUU